AGCUAGAAACAGCGAGCGGCAGUCUGAGCAGCGCAGCAAAAGAAGAGAAGUGGGGGGCUGUUCAUUAACACCUGCUUCUGAGAACUAAAACCUGCUGGAAUUUCAAAGCCUCGCUGGACACUCGGCCGCCCUUUCAAAAAGGCGGGAAACAGCUCCCUCAGCUUGGAGUCAACUCUCCAGCGGCGGCCGCAGCAGUCGCAGCCACCAGCGCCUCCCGCCCGGGUCGCCGCUCAGCCGCCGUCCGGCCUCGCUCCGCCCGAGCGCAGACCAGGCUCCGGCCGCGCGGGGGUGGCAGCCUCGCGCUCGCUGCUCGGGCCUCGGACGCCGCGUCCUGCGGGGCGGCCGCCUUCGCCGCCUGCCCAGCCACUCGCGGCCCCGUCGCCGCUCGGCCCCCUCGGGCGACCGCUGCCAUGGGCACGGACAGCCGCGCGGCCGGGGCGCUCCUGGCGCGGGCCCGCACCCUGCACCUGCAGACGGGGAACCUGCUCAACUGGGGCCGCCUGCGGAAGAAGUGCCCGUCCACGCACAGUGAGGAGCUUCGAGACUGUAUCCAGAAGACCUUGAACGAGUGGAGUUCCCAAAUCAGCCCAGAGUUGGUGAGGGAGUUUCCAGAUGUCUUGGAAUGCACUGUAUCUCAUGCAGUAGAGAAGAUAAAUCCCGACGAAAGAGAAGAAAUGAAAGUCUCUGCAAAACUGUUCAUUGUUGGAUCAAACUCUUCAUCAUCAACUAGAAGUGCAGUUGACAUGGCCUGUUCCGUCCUCGGGGUGGCACAGCUGGAUUCCGUGAUCAUUGCUUCACCUCCUAUUGAAGAUGGAGUUAAUCUCUCCUUGGAACAUUUACAGCCUUACUGGGAGGAAUUAGAAAGCCUAGUACGAAGCAAAAAGAUUGUUGCCAUAGGGACCUCUGAUCUGGACAGAACACAGUUGGAGCAGCUCUAUCAGUGGGCACAGGUGAAACCAAACAGUAACCAAGUUAACCUUGCAUCCUGCUGUGUGAUGCCACCUGAUCUGACUGCAUUUGCUAAACAAUUUGAUAUACAGCUGUUGACUCAUAAUGAUCCAAAAGAACUACUUUCUGAAGCAAGUUUCCAAGAGGCUCUUCGGGAAAGCAUCCCUGACAUCCAAGCACACGAGUGGGUGCCACUGUGGCUAUUGCGCUAUUCGGUCAUUGUGAAAAGUAGAGGAAUUAUCAAAUCCAAAGGCUACAUUUUACAAGCUAAAAGGAGGGGUUCUUAACUAUGACUUGGGAUCGUAACCCACUAACCUGGCUUUUCCUUGAAUAUAAGAUAAAAUUGAGAUGUGCAAAAAUCUGGUUACUGCCUCUACAGUGUCAUUGAGGCAGAUCUUCAGUUGUUUGACAGUAUGUUCUCUGUCAUGUUUUGAAUACUUCUCUUGCCUCCACAUCAGUCCACUCACAUGAACCACUGUAUUGUUUUCAUUAAACUAUUGUUUUCUUACUGAAAUUGCCUAUAAAGAAAAUACUUGCAAUAUAUAUUUUCCUUUAUUUUUAUGACUAAUAGAAAUCAAGAAAAUUUGUUGUUAGAUAUAUUUUGGCCUAGGCAUCAGGGUAAUGUAUAUACAUAUUUUUUAUUUCCAAAGUAAUUCAUUGCUUCUUACUCUGUAGUAUAACUAAGCAAUUUAAUUACAGUUGUUAAAACUGAAAUACUGAAAGAUAUUUUUCCUGUCAUUGAUAAAAUAAUUAUAAUCUCAGAGUAACUGGAGUAGCUGGGAUCUACUAGUAGUGUAAAUAAAAUUCAUUCUUCAAUACAUGAAUGGCAACUUAAUUUUUUUGUGUGUCCUUGUUUAUGUUUAAUGAUCCAAUCAUGUAUUGUGCCAUAUUUUCUCUUCUUGUUAUUUUUUUAAAAAAAGGAAACCAAAAGCUCUGAAAUUACUGUUUAGUGAUUUGUAUAAAAGCAACUACUGUUACCUCCAGAUUCUUUUUAAUUCUUGGUGCAUCCUUAGUAUAUUGCUGCUCCCUCAAAAAUAUUCAGUGUUUUGCAUUUACCAUGUGAUGGGGCACUGUGGGCUCUGGAGAGAGGAGCCACAGAGAUGCAAUUUAAGAAUCAGUUGAGUAAAAUAUGUGAUACUUGUAUUCCAUUAAUACCUGAUUAGGAGGGGCUAAGCCAGAAAAGGAUAGAAAUGUGUUUAAUUCAGGACCAGCAUUGCCUAAUUAAAUAAUGUUGUUUGGGAUACGAUCUUAGCUGUUGUUUAGCGGAGCAAUGUAACCAAAACUUUAGAGCUAGAAGAGACUAUAGAUCAUUUAGUAUAAUUCUUCCUUAGUUUAAUAAUUAAACUAAUUUUAUUAAGUUGCACAUAAAAAAACCUGUGAGCAUAGACUUCCUUAAUUCUGUAAAUUUGUAUAUAUAACCCAAAUAGUUUAGAGAACUUCUUUUAAAAUAUCUUGUAUUUCAUAUUUGUUAACCAUAGGCCUUUAUAAAACUAAUUUUGCUCCAGUUUUUUUUUUAGUUUAUGUAAAAGAGCUACAGUUUCAUAUUCAAAAUAAAUAGAAAUAGACCCUUUUUAAAGUAAGGCUUUGUAGUUGGUUUGAUAAUUUAAUCAUUCUAAUUGCAAUGUAAAAUCAGCAGAUUUAUUUACUAAAAUGUGUUUAGAUUUUGAGCUUCUUAAAGCUGUCUAGUUUUUAUAAUAGUUGUAUGUAAUAUUACUGAAUAUAUGUAGUUAACUUUUUAAUUUGGAAAUGUACACACUUUUUCAUAUAAGUCCUUAAUUAACUAAUAAGUCCUUACAAUUAACUAAGAUAUUUUAAGAGGGAACUUUAAUAUUAUGCCUACUGAUUUUUUUUAAACCCUAGACACCCAGACUUAGAAAAGUGAAUAGUUUGAAGGGUUAUUUUUAAGAAAGAAAAACAAAACACCCACACCUAAGUUCUUAAUGUAUCCAGACUUCAACAGGGUUUUUUUUGUGACCUCCCAUCCCCAUCCAACAUUUGACAAAGAAGUAGGCAAUAUUAUGGAUUGAUUUGCAGAUGGGAUCCUGUGUGGAUUUUUAAAGUGAGUUUUAGUGUUAUACCUGGAACUAAUGGUGUUGAAUAAGCUUUUUUAAACACCCGAUUUUUUUCCAAGCCCUUAUGAUUUUCCAAGCUUGUAUUCACAUAUUUUUUUAAAUGAAUGAUCAGAAAAUGGUAAAUACUUUUCAAGCAUCUUAGGACUUAAGAAGCCAUAAAAUAGAGUGGUAAUAAAAUCAAUUAAUUGCUUAAAACUGAAAGCGGACAUGUUUUGUGGGAAGAUGUGAAUCCAAUAAACCAAGGUCGAAAGUUUUUAUAUAAGUGGGCUUUUCUAGAAAACACAAAAAGAAGCUGUAGCUUGUGACUACGUUUCCAAAAUCACACUGGAGCCUUACUUUAACGCAGUUUACUGAGACAUGGAGUUUGUUCUGUCAUGAGUCUAUUUCAGAUUCCCACCCGAGAAACUGAAGUCACCAGAAGGGCCAAGGCGUCAUAGUGUAAGUUCUGAGGACCUCGUGCCAGUACUUAAUCAAGGACCCAUGUGAGGAUGGCCAGUAUUAGAGCUUGCAUCACAAUUAAUAGCUAAUAAUUUUUCAGUUCCCACAAGAGAUACUUUGGACAGCCAUGUGUAAAAUGGAAAAUUAAAAGUUAUUCUGUCAAUGCUGCAUGAAUAGUUCAGAUAUUUCCAUACCAGAGCCAAGUAGUAACUAAAAUUAGGAUCUUAAUUUCUAGUGUUAAAAGGUCUAAGACCCAAUUAACUCUUUCUGUAGAUUUUGGUUUCUAGGUUUUCUACACAGUAUUCGUUAUUUGAGACUGUAAGCAUUUAAAGUUUAUUGUGUAAUGGCCAACAGUUCAUGUUCUUGCAAAUGUACAUUUAUAGAAAUGUGAAGCUAUUUUAAUGAGAAUUGAAACCCUUGUAUAUUUAUGUUUUCAUACUCAGAUACAGCAGUUUAUGAUUCUGAACCUGUUUUUUUAGUCAUUAACUUUCUAAUGUGCCAAAACUUGUUCCUAUCUUUCACCCACAAAGUUGGUGAUGAAAUGUAUCCAUUUUACUUUUGGAAAAUAUAUAAUAUGGCUUUCAUUAUUUUUAUAGUUUUCAGAUUUAGAAAUAGGAAGAGAAAAUGAUUUAGAUAAUAUUUCUUAUGUGUCUGUAGUGGUAUACUAUAAAAUAAAAAUAAUAUAAAGCAUUAUCAAUUAUAAUUUUUACUUUCACUUAUAAUGAAUUUAAUUGAAAUAAAGUAUGAGUUGGGUAUUUUUUAAUUGAGUUGUUUUCAACAGCCGGGUGUACCCUGCAGCAUUAUACUGAUUUUGAACUAUUUAAACAGUAUGAUUUGAAAAUAAAUUCUAAAUUUUUAAGCAU